UCUUCGGUACAUAAUUGUUUUUGUGGAACUCUAUAAAGGAAUUAUCUUCUCCAAACUUUUCACUGUAAAAUACGGCGAACGUUGAGGAGUGAUGGAAGAGCAUGGAGUGUUUUUGGUGAGCAGUGUGCGUGAGUGAUGCAUGACGCGUGACGUCAUCAGAUGGGCACUCACCAGUCGAGAGUGCGCGACAAACCUCCCGACCAUCAACAGAACGAAGUGAACUUUGAUCAAUUCCUUAUUCUGAGAGCGAUAGGAAAGGGCAGUUUUGGCAAGGUGUGCAUAGUGCAGAAAAAGGACACGAAGCAGAUGUACGCGAUGAAGUAUGUGCAGAAAGCGCAAUGCCUCGAACGCGACGCAGUGCAGAACGUGCUUCGCGAGGUGGAAAUUCUUUCCAGUUUGGAGCAUCCCUAUCUCGUCAAUCUCUGGUUCUCCUUUCAAGAUGAAGAGGACCUGUUCAUGGUAUCGGACCUGAUGCUGGGUGGAGAUCUGCGCUACCACUUGGGUCGCGAUGUGCAAUUCAGCGAGGCAUCUGUCUCCCUCAUCACCUGCCAGAUCGCGCUCGCACUCGACUACCUCAGCUCUCAGCGCAUACUGCACAGAGAUAUCAAACCUGACAAUAUACUCCUUGAUGAAGAAGGUCAUGCUCAUUUGACAGAUUUCAACAUAGCGGCGGUUCUAAAAGAAGGAGAGCUUGCCACAUCGGUAUCCGGUACGAAACCCUACAUUGCACCGGAGGUGUUCGACUGUGGCGGCGGGGUGGGAGGAGUGACGGGGGGCUACUCGUUCGCAGCUGACUGGUGGUCCCUGGGUGUCACCUCCUACGAGCUGAUGUGUCGAGCGCGGCCCUUCGCCAUCGACUCUGCCACCAGUCUCGCCGAGGCCAGAGCCCUCUUCGCCAUUCCUGUCAGCUACCCGCCACGGUGCUCGCCACAAAUCAAGCAGCUACUCAAAAAGCUGUUACAAGUGAAACCAAGUUCGAGAGCCAGCAGCAUAGAUGACCUGAAAAGGACAGAGUUGUUGAAAAAUUGCGACUUCGAAGCUAUACUUGAGGGCAACGUUAAGCCUCCUUUUACACCACCGAGAGACCAUUUGAACUGCGAUCCGACUUUUGAACUGGAGGAGAUGAUAGUUGAAGCCAAGCCACUGCACAAGAAAAAGAAACGAUUGGCCAAACAGAGUAAUCAGGUGCCUGUUUCAUAAAAAUUUAGAAGUCCUGAUAGCGAAGUGGACGACUGUUUGACGGGAUUCAUGACGUACAAUCGAGAAAAAGUACUGAUGAAAAAGGAGAGAGAGCGAAAAGAAAAUGACUGGGAGAAAGAGCUGAUAGAUGCAAUGAACCUUUCUGGAGCUACAUGUGUGAGUAAGGAGGCAGCAUCGUCAUCAUCAUCAUCAUCACCAUUGCCACACGAGCAUCAGCCGCAUCACAACAGAAAGAGACAACAGCAGCAGCAGCUGCAGCAGUUGAAGCAGCGCUCAUGCAGCAGCAAACUCCACGUUUCACUGGACAGCGUUCAGGCCAGGCUCACCCCUCCCACCCCCAGCCCACCCUAGUCGUCACCAACAAUCAAUACUAUCAUUAUAUUUUCUAUCGACUUUAUAUUUUUCAAUAAAACGUUUCGGUUUUGUAAAU